AUGACUUUCCUCCCUCAAGAACUGAUCGACAUUGUCAUCGAUCACGCUCAUGACCAGCCAGAAACGCUCAGAGCAUGUUCCCUCGUCUCAUCAACCUUGCGCCCGGCUGCCCAAUUCCACCUCCAUCAGCGAGUAACUUUGCAACCUAAGGCAUCGACGACCCACAUACGCGCUCCGAACCUGCAACUCGGUUUCGACGAUCGCAUCUCCACCCUUCUUAGCACCUCUUCGCACCUUCUACCAUAUACGCGCUCGCUGAUCAUUCGCGAGGGUGCCGCCCCGUGGCUUUUGCGCGAAUCGCUGGGCCUGCUCACCCUACUCGAAAGGCUGGUUUCAUCCGCUACCUUGGUGGAAGUACAACUCCAUAACGUUGAAUGGCAGUAUAUCACUUCUCCACUACAACACGCCCUGUUACGCGUUCUAUCCCUGCGAUCAGUUCAAGACGUGUCCCUUGUCGAAUGCUACAUCCCAACACAUGUACCGUGGACGAAGUUCGUGGGACCCGAGACGAAGAAAUUGGUGUUGGACAGAGUGAAAGUUCACGGAGAUGGGGUGGACCCAAAUUCGGGCAGCAGUGGGGCCGUGGCCGAUGUUGAUAGGAAAGUGGAUACACUCUCCAUCCUGGCGUUCGGGCAACCUACGACUCGCCUCGUGGCGUGGAUCAUGCAUCCCCGGGAAGCGAAACAUACCCAGCGCUUGAAGUCACUCAAGCUGUAUUGCGACAGAAUAUCCGUGGAUCCUCUCAACAAACUCGUGAAAGCAUGCACCUCCCUUGAAUACCUACGCUUCGAGCCCUUUCUCUUUAGGUGGGAUCACCGAGAUGCCUUCCCGUUCCCAAUCACCACACAUAACCACUCUCUACAAACCCUUCAAGUCUCAGGGCUCUACACGGAUCAAAUAAGAUGGCUCACGAGCCUCGUCAGCGAUUUGUCAACCUCCGCGAACCACACCCUUUCCCUGGGAACCGUAUACAUCGAUAUGACGGCGCAAAUACCUGUCCUUCUUUCCAAGGACGAUUAUCUCCACGCAAGAAUCCGUGAAAUUGACGAAGCGGCAACGAGUAGAGAAGCACCCGGACAACUCGACCUCGUGCGGCUACGCCUAGCACUCCCAGGCAUUACGCCGGACGAAGUGGAGAAGAUGACCACAAGGAUGAAAGGAUUCGAAAAGACCUUGAGUGUCGUGAAGGUGGAUAUUGCCGAUCACGGUCGUGCUUGCAAAGGAAUUCCCGAGACUCCUGCCUCUGCCUGA